UGGAAAAUUUUGUAUUUGCACAGCAUUUUGCAAUAAAAUAUUGUACAUAGUUUUUCGGAUUCCACAGAGAAGUGUGGUAAUUAAGCUUGUUUUUCCAACUAUAAAUACCUGCAAUCAAUCUGAACUCAGAUUGUCUAUGCCACCACAAUGGGUGCUCUGAAUUUAGAAGAGCGUCCAAUGAAAUUUCAUUUCAUUCCUUAUCCUGCACAAGGCCACAUGAUUCCUCUCUGCGACAUAGCUACACUCUUUGCCUCAUGUGGUCACGAUGUCACCAUCAUUACCACUCCCGCUAAUGCCCAAAUCCUUCUCAAGUCUAUUCCUUCUCACAAAAACCUCUCUCUGCACACUAUUCCAUUUCCUUCCCACCAAGUAGGUCUCCCACCCGGUGUUGAAAACCUCGGCUCUGUCAACAACCUUGACAACUCCUACAGGGUUCAUCAGGCUGCCAUGUUGCUCCAAUCACCCAUCCAACACUUUGUGGAGCAAGACUCACCCGACUGCAUCGUGGCAGACUUUAUGUUCUUGUGGGUGGAUGAGUUGGCAAACAAACUUCAUAUUCCUAGACUUGCCUUCAACGGCUUCUCCCUCUUUACCAUAUGUGCCAUGGAAUCCCUCAAGGCACGCGGCUUUGAGUCCUCUGUCAUUAAGGGCCUUCCUCACUGUAUCACCUUGAAUGCAACACCACCCAAGGCAUUGACCAAAUUUAUGGAACCACUGCUGGAAACAGAGCUCAAAAGUUAUGGGCUCAUUGUCAACAACUUCGCGGAACUUGAUGGAGACGAGUACAUCGAGCAUUAUAAGAAAACCACGGGUCAUCGGGUUUGGCAUCUUGGACCAGUUUCUCUCAUUCGCAGGACCACUCAAGAAAAAGCUGAGAGGGGACAACCAAGUGCAGUGAGUGUGCAUGAAUGCAUGAGUUGGCUAAAUUCAAAGCAACCUAACUCGGUGCUCUACAUAUGUUUUGGGAGCCUAUGUCAUUUCUCUAAUAAGCAACUGUAUGAGAUUGCAAGUGCGAUAGAAGCAACAAAUCACCAAUUCAUAUGGGUUGUCCCUGAGAAGAAAGGGAAGGAGGACGAAAGUAAUGACGCGAAUGAAAAAUGGCUACCAAAGGGAUUUGAAGAGAGGAAUAAAGGGAUGAUCAUAAGGGGGUGGGCCCCACAGGUUGUGAUUUUAGGCCACCCUGCUAUCGGUGCAUUCUUGACACAUUGCGGGUGGAAUUCCACUGUUGAGGCCGUUAGUGCAGGGGUUCCAAUGAUCACGUGGCCAGUGCAUGAUGAGCAAUUCUACAAUGAGAAGUUGAUAACUCAAGUGCGGGGUAUUGGUGUGGAGGUGGGUGCAGAGGAGUGGAGCAUCAUUGGCUUCAUGGAGAGGAAGAAGUUAGUGGGUAGAGACAUCAUAGAGAAGGCGGUGAGGAGGUUGAUGGAUGGUGGAAUUGAAGCUAAUGAAAUCAGACAAUGUGCAAAAGAAUAUGCAAUAAAGGCCAAGCGAUCUGUUCAAGAAGGUGGCUCGUCCCACAAAAAUUUAAUGGCCUUGAUUGAUGAUCUUAAACGGUUGAAGGACUACAAGCCAUUGGAUUCAUAGGGAUUUGAAUAUCAUUUUAUUAUUAUCAUUGUUUCUAAGCACACGAAAUAAUGGCCAACUAGGGGAUAAGACCAACAAAAAGACAUUGUUGUAUUGCACUAAUUGUGCAAAUGCCUGUUUUGGAUUUUACAUUUAUAAAACACAAACUAAACUAUGAUUUAGAUAAUCUUUUUACUCUUUCAACUUUUUCUAAAAUUAUAUUAUACAGGUGAAAGCAACCAUGCAUAAUUUGUUUAGGUUGUUCUUUCAGUCCGAUGAGUCUUUCUCCCAAAGUACUUGAUGGGUGAUCGGAGUAACAUGGUGGCUUAGUGGACCUUGUUGGAGUUGUUCAUAAGGUUGGCCAAGGUUUUCAACACUACAAUACUAAGGCGAUAGAGGUG